AUGGCCAAACCAACCAUCGACCCUCCAAAUGGCACGCGACAGGCCGGCACUAUACCGCGACCAUCGCGGAAUGUUAGUCCCAACAAAGAGCUACUACGUCGUAAAGCCCAGAUCACUGAUUUACAGACACGAUUGAAGAAUAUGCAAAUUAAGGACAAGAAACAAGUCGAGCAAAUAAAACGGUUGGAGACCGAAGUGAAAGCUACGAAAGAUAAUUCUACGGAAAGGUCCAGCAGGGCGUCCAUCAGGGCGAAGAGUGCUGAAAAUGCAGAUCUUAAGGCCGAAGUCGUACGGCUGAAAAAGGAAAACAAAGAACUGACAGAAAUAGUCAAAACCACGAUUCCACACCUUGAGAUAAAAACUGAGCAACAAACAUUGCAGCUCCGCGACUUAGAAAACGAGAACGCGGAGCUCAGGGACAUGGUAUUCGAUGGAGAAGAUAUGUACGAGGACCUGAGGAAGGAGCACGAGGACCUGAAGAAGGAGCUGGAACAAUUCAAAGCGAAGCAUCCUGUCCAUGAAACCAAUCGCCUCUUACAAAAGGCAGAAGAACAAUACGUACAUCAGCUCCUUGUACAGAACAAUGCGCUUGACAGCCAACUGUGCGAUGCUGUAAGAGAAUGCACGUUUAAGGACAUCCAGAUCAUCAACCUCACUUGCGACAGGGAAGCUCUUCGGGAGGAGUUGAAGGCGUUUACGGACGAGCCUAUAGAACUACCAGGGGACGCUUUGAAGGAUAACCGUUCAGACAGCGGUAGUACAAUUGUUUCGUCCGCUUUCGACGACGACGUGUCUUACGAUUCCGACGCAACUAUAGAUGUCCCCAUGCCUGACGUCGAAUCUUGCGAUCCCCCAACUGUUAUCAUCACCAUAUCCCCCGAACACGUAAAAGAAAAAAAUCCGAAAUUAUUGAACCGCCUCUUGGACUCAAUAGACUCCACUUCUAGUAUCGACAUCCGCGGGCCCGUCGACCUCGUCGCGGCAAUUCGGGAGAAUCUGGAGAAGAAGCGAUCCGAGGUCGGUGACUUGGUCAAAGAGGCCAGGAGACUGGAAGAUGCGCUUAGGGAGUCUAAUAGUCGUCCUCUAUGUGAGGAUCCCUCGCAUGUAAGCAUAAAAGACACAAUUACGGCUUUUAAAACUCAGUUGACGAUGUGUAAAGCUUUGAUCAGGCAGCAUGAAGCGAAGAGAGGCAUGUCGCCUUUAGACCCUGAGGUAAACCUGUCGACAUAUUAACAAAAUUAGGGAUAACUCGUAAAGAACAUCCCUCAUGUACAAUGUCAAAUAGCAAUGUCUAGUACGGUUCAGCUUUUCCGAUUGACAAGAUGGCCAUAUCUUCAUAUACAAAGAAGUUGAUCCAAGCAGCAUAAAAGGGAGAAGACAGAAGGAUAUUAUACUCCUCUAUUUGAUGGAGUUUAGCUGCGAAACUGGUACAAAAUUGACCCCGGUCGGAAACAAACAUCUAAUUCAAGCUACGCAACGCAUUUAGAAAUCCCUAAAGUUAAAUUCUGUCAGGAGCAUAGAAUUUCACAACUCAAGGAAAUAAAAAAGGCUAUCACACCAAAGAUCUAUUGUAAGAUCAGGUCACAUGACAUGAUGUCAUACUUGGGAGAGUGCUCCCUAGGAGUCAAUCCAAAGCUCUAAAAACAUAGACACACACUUCUUACGAAGUUUUC